AUGUGCAACAACGACGUCGAUCAGCAGGGUGGCCUAGUGGAAGGGGAUACGGCUCUCAUUCAUAUAUUAUAGAAGCAUUUGUGUCUGUUCAAAACCAGAUUAACAUGGAGUAGCUUAAGGAGGGGCGAAGACCCCAUCACGGAUUCAAACUUUCGUUCAUAAUCAUGAAAUGCUCUUGAGAGAUGCCAAAACAUUUGAGCUGUUCGAAAACCUGAGAUGCCAAAAGGAUUACGUUGAAAUUAUUUUGGCACCUGGGCCAAUCAGGUAAUCCCAUAAUGCAAAAAUGUCCUUAAACACCAACGGCCCUUUUCUACUUAGCUUUGUUACUGCUGAUCGACUACGAUUCAAGAAACUCACAGGAGUACUAACUUUCUCAAUUCUCUAGAUGGCUAAAAGUAAGAACCACACAAACCACAACCAGACCAAAAAGGCUCACAAGAACGGUAUCAAGAAGCCAAAGACCUACAAGUACCCUUCUUUGAAAGGUGUUGACUCAAAAUUCAGAAGAAACCACAGAUACGCUUUGCACGGUACCGCCAAGGCCUUGGCCAAAGCCAGAUCUGAGUCUUCUUAA